AUGUGGACAAUUCAGGAUUCACCGCGCCCUCCUCCGCUACUUGUCCUUGGCCUGAGUCGUACAGGCGGCACGUCUCUAGCAACCGCGCUGGGUCUGCUCGGCUACCAAAGAUUGUACGAUCUUGAUGAUGUCGCCCACGGAGGUCCAGAACACGCCGACUUCUGGCUUCAAGCCGUCCAAAAGAAACUAUCCGGAAAGGAGGAAUUCAGCUAUGAUUUCGACCAGCUCUUACAUGGAUAUGAUGGCGUCCGGAACAUCCCCUUCGCAGCUUUCGCAGCUGAGCUGAUUGCCCACUAUCCAUCCAGCAAGGUGAUUCUUCCCACUCGGGAUGUCGACAGCUGGCACAUCUCCUGUCUUACAACUGUCUACCAGCGCUCUAGAGACCCGAUCUUACAGUUCCUGGCCCUGUUCGAUACCAAUUCGCGAGUGUAUGCCAAUCUCCUUCGGGGCCUCCAGCAGAUCCUGUACAAGGGCGACUUUCCGAACUAUGGGAAGACGGCGUUUUACGAACACAAUGAAUAUAUUCGGCGCAACGUAAAGCCAGGAAAUCUUCUUGAGUACAAUGUGGAGCAAGGUUGGGAGCCCUUAUGUGACUUCCUUGAAAAGGAAGUACCAAUGUGUGCCUUUCCGCGAAACAAUGAUCGGAACAUCUUCUGGCAAGGGUGUCGGAAAAGGGAUAAACGGGUGGCGAAAAAGGUGCUGAUUCGUGCUCUCCCACUCUGUAGUAUGCUCCUUAUUGGUCUGGUGAGCUGGCUGUUACUGGGGGCAGGAGAUCCAAUUGACAGGGUCAAAUGA